CGAAGCGAUAGCCACAUCCAACGGUCUAGUGUAACUUCUCAUUUUGUAGUGGAAAUGGGAAAUUAACGCCAGAGAAUAAAGGAAAGGGUUCGUUGGCUGUCAAUUCCCUACGUUCAAGCAACAGACUUGGAUGGUCGUCAUUGUUGCCUAUUUUUAGUCUCAACGUGGAGGACGGCUUUUUGCCUUAAUUCUCUCUUCAACCGCCAUUGACUAUUUGUUUCCACUCGCCGUUGGUUUUUCUACUUCAAUGUGCUCAGGCAUUAACCAGCGUUGCCAGGAGUGGCGGCACCGAUACCUGGUAGCUCAUUUGGGCAGCGAAGAUUAUUGUCAAGCUCAGCAUGAAAGUCAGAACGCCAUGAACCGAUAAAAAAUUUGAAUCAAUAGAAAUUCGCCAAUUACAUUCAGUGAAUGGACUAAGACAACAACGAAAGCGAGAAAGUAGUGCGUGCCGAAUUCUUAAGUUGUGAGAGAUUGUCCAACAAGUGACGAGACUCAUCGCUGCGAGUCGCAAGUGCAUUCGUGUACACUUCUUUUUCCCUUUAACCCACUACUCCAGCAAUCUGGCGUCACUGGAUCGAUUAGAGAUAUUCUUCCGGUCCGGCUUCCGGUUCCUCCGACGACGACCAUCAGCGGCCUUGCGGGCUGAAGGCUGGUGCACCAAAGGACAACCACCUUAAUUCAUCGACGCAUCAUCUUCUGUACAGAAGAAAAUAUUUUUCUAGUGACAGACUGUCUCCCCAAGUUUAGCGCCACCAGUUAGAGCAGUCUCUUUCUAAGUUGGGUCGAUCGACCCUAGUGCCAUCAACAAGUUUCUGGAGCAUUGAAAAAAAGAAAAAAAGAAAUUUUCAUAUUUAAAGAAAAAACAAAGAACAGAUCUAUCUAUUUUUCUACGAAAUAUUUUUUUUUUUUUUUUUUGCCGUAAGUGUCUCGUACGUCGUAAUAUCAGCCGCCCCUAAGUUGGCUUUUCUGGUGUUGUGCGACGGAAUGCAUCCAGAGUCGUGUUCCGUCAAUUCAGUGUAUCCCAUCCAAUCUGGUUCGCAUCUGCUCUAUCCUCAAAAGAAGAGAGUGAAUGAAAUUGUGGCCGACAAGGACAGCGAUUGCAAGCCAACAAUGAACACCAUGAGACAGAAAAUCAUCCGACCUGCUCCUUCUGAAAUCUCCUAUAAGGAAAUGCGCUUCCUCAUCACCGACCGUCCCACCGACCAGACGAUAACAAACUUCAUUGAAGAAUUGAAAAAGCACAAUGUCCUGGAUGUCGUGCGUGUGUGCGAACCAACCUACAAAGUCGAAGAGCUUCGUAAGGAAGGAAUCGACGUUACUGAUUUGGUCUUUGAUGACGGCACAUUUCCUCCAUCUGAAAUUGUCGAACAGUGGUUUGACCUUCUUCGAAGACGAUUUGGCGCUGAUCCAACCUCAUGUGUCGCCGUUCACUGCGUGGCCGGCUUGGGAAGAGCACCUGUUUUGGUCGCGUUAGCCCUAAUUGAGCUGGGAAUGAAAUAUGAGGAUGCUGUCGAACUUAUCCGAGAAAAACGUCGUGGUGCCAUCAAUUCCAAGCAGUUGGCGUACCUGGAAAAAUAUCGUCCGAAAUCACGUCUCAAGUUCCGAAAUGGACACGCCAAAAAUGGUUGCUGCAUACAGUAAUCUUGCCAACACGAGAGCUGAGAAAAAAAACAAGCAAACUAAACGUUGGAUGGCUCUUCCGUUCCCCAGUCAUUAUCGAUAAUCUACUCGACAUUAAGGAUAAAUCAAUAAAAACAAGAAAUAUGAGGAUAUGUGACACAUAGUCCUCGCCUCCCCCACUCCUUCCCCAAAUUCAAAAAAAGACCUAUCUGCUUUGUACGACAAUUAGUUCAUUUUCUUUUCUUUUUUUUUGUUGCGGUUUCCCGGUUGUAUUUCAUUUCGAAAUUCACGUUCAUGGAUUAGCAUGUCUUUGUUUGAAAAUGCACGAAAGACCUUCCGAGUCUUUUAAUCUGGUGUAAUCAAAUCUUCCCUCUUUCUCUGUUCUACUUCUGAUCCGGUGUCGUCCUACCGCUUCCCCCCAAAAAAUUGUGUGGGCUUCGGCUGGCCCUUUUUUUGGCUUGAUCUUCUUGUACUACUGUCUUUUUUUUUUGUUGUUGCCACCCGACUUUUCAACCCUUAAUUGUAAUCUUUUUUUUUAUAGAUUUGUGGAUCUCUGUCUGAAUUUCUUUUUUUAAAUUUUCAUUUCACACUUCACUUUCCUGCUCACAAUUUGCUUACCAACUUGAGUGAUCUUGGUUGUUUUUCGCUUUGUUUCACUCUGUUUGGAUUUCUUUUCCGUGAAUCAAAUGAAUUUGGAAGGCGUCAAGCCAAAAAUAGGGGACAGUCGGAAUUGGUAAAGCGUCUUCGUUUUUUCUUUUUUCAUGAAACAAACAAAUCCCCUUUUCUCGAAACUGUGUGUACAACGGCGUUUGUGCCACCGUCUUGUGUGUGCUGUCCAGUCUGGAAAAGCAAAUACACUCGCUUCAAGCGUCA